CACACACAAAAGUGUCAGAAAACACCCGAGAUCACUCUCUGCCUCAAGGACUCACACUCGUUUACAAUGACUGAUUCAAACUUGUCUGAUAAGACGCUGACGGAGGGCGACGGUGGCAGCCGGACAAGGAGCAGAAAGAAGCAGAGGAAGGGAGAUGCCUGGAGACCAGAGGGGCCCAGAGACCCAUUUGUCAUGCUGGACUCUCUGCCGGAGAAGAAGCAGCAGGAGAUCCAGAGAGCCCUCCACCUCUUCUCCGCUGGCCCGACUCUGCCCAGGACCCUGCAGCAGGCCAGGGGACAUACCUACCGCUUCUGGGACACCCAGCCUGUCCCCAGACUGGGCGACGACAUUACAACUCACGGCCCGAUAGCAGAGGCUGAAGUCAGCGUGCGUGAGGAGCCCUUCUCUCUUCCUCCAGGGUUUUCCUGGGACACUCUGGACCUCAGCAGCUCCAGAGUGCUGACGGAGCUCUGCACUCUGCUGAAUGAGAACUUCACGGAGGAGGACGACAACAUCCUCAGAUCGAACUUCUCUCCUGAAUAUCUGCAGUGGGCUUUGCAGCCUCCUGACUGGCUUCCCCAGUGGCACUGUGGUCUGCGGGUGGACGCCAAUAAGAAGUUAGUUGGCUUCAUCGCUGCUGUUCCUGCAGACGUCUGCGUCUACGAGACGCGGAGGCGGAUGGUGCAGGUCAAAUUCCUGUGCGUUCAUAAGAAGCUGCGCCUCAAGCGGAUGACACCGGUUCUGAUCCGAGAGCUCUCCAGACGGGUCAACCAGCAGGGCCUCCACCAGGCCGUCUACACGGCCGCCGUGGUGCUGCCCACUCCUCUGAGCUCCUGCAGAUACUGGCAUCGUCCUCUGAAUCCCCGGAAGCUGAUGGAGGUCAACUACCCGGGUCUGAGGCUGAACAUGAACCUACACAGAGCCCUCAAGUUCCACCGGCUACCUGAGGUGACGAAGACAAAAGGUCUGCGCCCUAUGACCCUAGAAGACGUAGCGGGGACACAUUCACUUCUCAAGACAAACAGCAGCAAGUUCCAGCUCAGCUCCAUCCUGUCUCUGCAGGAAGUGGAGCACUGGCUGCUGCCACGGGAGAAUGUGAUUGACACCUACGUGGUGGAGGGUGACGGUGGUACCCUGACAGAUGUGGUUAGUUUCUACAGCAGCUCCUUCAGGGUGCUGAAUCACCCGGUGCACACUGACCUGAGAGCAGCUCACCUCCUGCACGUGGCCUCCUCUGCCACAGACCUGACGGACCUCAUGGAGGACGCACUGGUCCUCGCUAAAUCUAGAGGCUUUGACAUCUUCUCCGCUCUGGAUGUGAUGGAGAACAAGGAUUUCCUGGAGAAGCUGAAGUUCAGCGUCAGUGACAGCAGCCUUCACUACUACCUGUACAACUGGAUGUGUCCUACUAUCAGUCCUGACAAGGUGGGUUUGGUGCUGCCCAACUAAGAGAGGUGGAGAGGUGACCUGACCACAGCGACCGGGCAGGAGAGUGGAAAUCAAACUGCAUCAACGGCAGUGAAUAAAACUCUCAAAUAUAAAACUGCUGAGCUGCAAAAACACACACUGGAAAAAUCCAUGCAAACGCAAUAAAGAUCAAAUUCCUUUGGUAAACACAUUCAUCAUGUGGCUGUCAGUUACUCACGGGGCUCGGCACCUCAGCAACGGGAAAAUAUCAUUUCAGACGAGACGGAAAAUGGAGAGAAACUAAUUCCUGUGGUUCAGAAAACGCUCGCUUCAGUUUGUUACUGGCUAUUUUGUGCAACUGGUAGUGACAUGACACUUAAUAGUAGUGGGAGCAAUACACAAAUGUGAUUAGAGGACAAAGUCAUUAAUCCUUCUAGCUCACACAGGCAAACAUACACACACAAUCUAAUAAAUGUCAAUACAAUCC